AUGGACCUGGAUGCGCGGUAUACCUUUAUCACGAACCCUCCCAAGCAGAGCUCGCUACUUGUCGCCGUACUUGACGACUUGGGUUUGAACUUGAAAACCAGCAAGAUAGACUGUACCACCAUGACGGCAACCGAGAAGCUCGGCUUUCUGCACGGUCAGUUCCAGACGUUCCUUGGUCCGUUAACAGUUGCUUAUCAAUACGAGAAGAGCUACAGUAAGGAAAUCGCGUACAGGCUCACCAUCACUAAGAGAUACACUAGCUACGCUGUCAAAAGCUUCAAAAGAGACUACCCAAGCGGGUCAAAGAUUCCCAAUGGUGUUACCAUCACAGAAGCCGAGAUGGACAAGAAGAUGAUGAAAGUGCUUAGUGAUACCCAGGCCUCCACGGGUGUACAACCAACAGUUGACAACAUCAAAAUCUAUCGCAACUUUGUGAUAGUCAACACCCUCAUUCGAGUGAUGGACGACACCACAGGGUGCAUUCCUAACAAGUGACAAGCCUGAUUCACCAGGGACUCUACAAACCUCUAUGAGGAGAAGCUAUGUACAGUCUAAAAGAUCUAAUUCACAUUGAAAUAUCACAAGAGAAAUAUUGAUGGUCAAGGAAAUAUAGUUAAUUAUUUAAAUGUUAGAAUAACAUGGUAUUCCAUGUAAAUUUGUAUAGGAUUUAGGUGUCAAACACCGAUGAACUCUCUCUGUGAGAGCAUGAUAGAAACUGUAUUAAAUAUUUCAUUGAAUAAUUUGUAAAGAGUACAUAACACAAUGUUGUUAAAUAAAUAUAUUUUCAUUUAAA